GAAAAUGUGACAGAUCAGUCCACCGUGACUCCUGCAUGAUUCUGGGUCUGAGAUGUCAGCACGCUCCUCUUUCCGGGGCUCAAAGUUUCGUCAUGUUUUUGGGAAGCCAGCGUCUCGAGAGCAGAGCUUCGACGGGCUGCCAAUCACCCGCAGCGUCCAUGACACCCACUGCUGUGCCGUUAACCCCGCCUUCAUUGCCGUGGUGACAGAGUGCUCAGGUGGGGGGGCUUUCCUCGUGCUGCCCAUCAAUCAUACUGGCCGGGUGGACCCCCUCCACCCGCGGGUGUGUGGACACAGGGCGCAGGUGCUGGAUGUGAAGUGGAACCCAUUUGACGACCACUGCAUCGCCUCCUGCUCUGAAGACUGCACGGUGAAGGUUUGGGACAUCCCGGUGAGUGGGGUGCAACAGGACUUGACCUGGGCCACCAAGACUCUGAUGGGCCACUCCAGACGUGUGGCCGUCAUCGAGUGGCACCCUACGGCUGAAAACCUGCUGCUGAGCUCUGCCUAUGAUUACAAGGUGCUGUUGUGGGACCUGUCUCAGCCUGGGUCGGUGCUCAGGUGCCCUGUGCGGGUGGUAAUGAUGCCCCUCCUGUACCGCUGCCCCUCCGAGGCCCUGCUCCUGUCAGUCGCCUUCAGCAGAGACGGCAGCGCUCUGGCCAUAGCCUCAAAAGACAGACGCAUCCGAAUCUUGGACCCACGCAUGGGGAAAAUACUGCAGGUGUCCAGUAGGGGGCCCCACAGAGCCAGUAAAGUGCUGUUCAUCAGUGACAAGAUGCUCCUCUCCACCGGCUACUCUCCAUGGAACCAGAGGCAGAUCGUGCUGUGGGACCCGGAGGACCUGUCUGAGCCCAUGUAUGAGGAGGACCUGGACGGAGCGGCUGGAGUCCUGUUUCCUUUCUACGACCCCGACACAAACAUGCUCUACCUGGCCGGGAAGGGAGAUGGGAAUAUUCGGUACUACGAGCUGAGCGCCGAAAAGCCUUACCUCAGGUUUGUCACUGAGUUCAGGUCCCUGCUGCCACAGAGAGGCCUGGGAGUGAUGCCAAAACGUGGGUUGAACGUAAAGGCCUGUGAAGUUUACAGGUUUUAUCGGCUGAUUUGUGUCAAAGAUUUGGUGGAGCCGCUGUCUAUGAUCGUCCCCAGAAAAGAGCCUGGUGUUUUCCAUGAAGACCUGUACCCACUGACAGCAGGAAACCAGGCGGCCAUGACGGCUCAAGAGUGGCUCAAAGGGGUCAACAGAGGGCCUGUACUUAUGUCUCUGAAGCCUGGGACUCGAGUGUGCAACCCUUAUCCAGAAUCGGUUCCUGAGAGAGGGCUAAACCGACAGCCCAGCCCACACUGGAUCCACAUGGAGCCAGACCUCACUGCACUGACAAGAGCAGACAUGGACUUUAUGGAGGAGGCCUUCUAUGAGGAGCAGUUAUCUUACCAGGACCUGAAGUUCUCCCAUGAGGUGAGUGAUCUUUCGGGCUGGACCGUGGAUGAGACGUUUCUGCCGCUGUGGCCGUACUGCUGCACGCCCCACUGCUGCGAGCCCACCGAGAGACCGCCCCCCAACACUGAAUCAGAGCUUUUGCAGGCAUUUUAUAAACAGCAAGAAGAGAUAAGAGAACUACGGGAGCGACUAAAUCAGAAAGAGGAGAGAAUUUCCCAACUGGAAAUAGAGAUUAAAGUGACAAGAAACAACAUGAGGGCUAGAUUCUGAAUAUCAUAUUUAUUUU